CUUAUAUGUAUUGUCCUAGGUGAUCAUCAAAGGGACUUGGAACAAUGUCGCCUAUAGGUGUACGAUUGCAAAUUGAAGACCGUCAUGUGGUGAUUGAUAAUGGCAUAGUGCAAGUAACAUUAUCAAACCCCGAGGGUAUUGUCACGGGUGUACGAUACAAUGGACUCGAUAAUGUGCUUGAGGUUCUUAACAACGAAAGCGAUCGAGGGUAUUGGGAUGUUGUUUGGAGUGCUUUGGAUGGCUCGGGAAAAACAGGAAUUUUUGAAGUGAUCAAAGCAACAAAUUUCACGGUAGUUGUGGAAAGUGAGGAACUAGUUGAGGUUUCGUUUUCUAGGCCAUGGGAUCCUUCCCUUAAAGGGAAGUUUGUUCCUUUAAACAUAGACAAAAGGUUCAUUUUGCUUCGUGGUUGCUCCGGUUUCUACACUUACGCAAUUUACGAACACUUGGGUUCACAAGAAUGGCAAGCGUUUAGCCUUGCUGAAACGCGGGUCGCGUUCAAGCUUAGGAAAGACAAGUUUCACUAUAUGGCGGUGUCCGAUGAUAGGAAAAGAUACAUGCCACUACCGGAUGACCGGCAAUCUGGAAGAGGCCAACCACUUGCGUAUCCAGAAGCAGUUUUGUUGGUCAAUCCAGUCGAAUCAGAGUUCAAAGGAGAGGUGGAUGACAAAUAUCAGUAUACUUGCGAGAAUAGGAAUCUAAUGGUACAUGGUUGGAUUUCAAAUGAUCCUUCGAUAGGCUUUUGGCAAAUUACACCUAGCGACGAGUUUCGAACAGGUGGGCCACUCAAACAGAAUCUUUGUUCUCAUGUCGGGCCAACUUGUCUAGCUGUUUUUGUUGGUGCUCAUUACGCGGGGGACGAUUUAGUUCCAAAAUUUGGUCAAGGAGAACCAUGGAAGAAGGUGUUUGGACCGGUUUUUAUCUAUUUGAACUCUGUGAUGGAUGGACAAGACCCUCUUACGCUAUGGGACGAUGCAAAAGUACAGACCAUGGUUGAAGCGAGUGGUUGGCCGUACAGUUUUCCAUCGUCAGAGGAUUUCCCAAAAUCAAAUCAGCGAGGCAAGGUUUAUGGAAAAUUACUAGUUCGUGAUAGAUUUAUUCAAAGUAAGGAUAUGCCAACUAAUGGUGCUUAUGUCGGCUUAGCUCUACCGGGAGAACCUGGAUCGUGGCAAAGAGAAUGCAAAGAUUACCAGUUUUGGACAAAAACGAAUGAGGAUGGAGUGUUUUCUAUUAAUAACAUCAGAACCGGAAGCUACAAUUUAUAUGCUUGGGUCCCUGGAUUCCUUGGUGACUAUCGAAAUGAUGUUGUUAUAUCCAUCACCCCAGGUUGCAGCAUAAAUGUUGGCACUCUCAUUUUCGAGCCUCCACGAAAUGGUCCUACACUAUGGGAGAUAGGGAUCCCAGAUCGUUCAGCUGCAGAAUUUUACGUUCCAGAUCCUAAUCCAUUAUACGUGAACAAGCUUUUUCUCAAUCAACCUCACAAUAAAUAUAGGCAAUAUGGCUUAUGGGAAAGGUAUGGGGAGAUAUACCCCCAAGGAGACUUGGUAUACACAGUCGGAGAAAGUGAAUAUUGCAAAGACUGGUUUUAUGCUCAAGUUCCACGGAAAAAAGAAGACAACUCGUACGAGGGAACAACUUGGCAGAUUAAGUUCAAGCUAGAAAAUGUCCAAAAGGCUGCAAUAUAUAAGUUACGAAUAGCAUUGGCUGGUGCAUCUCUCGCCGAACUACAGGUUCGUAUAAACGAUCCAAAUAAACCUCGUCCACUGUUUACAACAGGACUAAUAGGACGCGAUAAUGCCGUUCCAAGACAUGGGAUUCAUGGUCUAUAUUGGUUGUACAAUAUAGACGUUUUGGGUUCUUUACUCGUUGAAGGGGAGAACACAUUUUAUUUCACACAACCACGAUCUCAAAGUCCAUUUCAAGCUAUUAUGUACGAUUAUAUACGGUUGGAAGGUCCUAAUAUGGAGACCGUGCUCUAAACCAACGGCGGACUUACAUGUGCUUUUAGGAGAUCAUUGGUCCACCCUAAAUAAAUAAAUAACAAAAGAGAGAUUUUCCUAGAUAAAAAAUGGUAAAGAGCGCAUGAGGAAAUUUUAUGAACCCUUUGGAAUAAUUGGUUGAAUCCUUUGAGUUUCAGAUUAAUAAUAAAAAUAAAAAAAAAUCAUAAGUAAAAUAAACCCAAAAUAAACUUAUCCCCUCUUCAAUGUA